CUCCUGCUCCCUCCAUGGCACGCCCUCCCCCGCCGUGAGCUCGGCGCCCAGCCCCAACUCCCAGUCGAGCCCUUCCCCCUGGUCUCCAUAGCACGUGCGCCCUGGAGCUCACCGUGCCCAGCCAAACUCUUCUGUGCGCGCGUCUGCUGCCUCUGCUCGGUCCCUGCUGCGAGCUCGUCGGCGUUGCCCCUACUUCCAUGGCUGGUCGCGCCCCUGCUCAUCUUCCUCGUGUGCGCCUGCUCCCCAUGGAUGGCUGCCAGCCCUUGUUCCUCCAUCGGAUUGCGCUUCGGCCCCUCCCAUGGCGCCCGGCGGUCCUCACCUCUGCUCCUCUGCGCCGCCGUUCUCUAGGCCCGGCCUCAAGCUCCCUCGGCACCCUCUCUCCUCUUCUCUCCCUCAUCCUCAACCUCCAGCCGUGGAGCUUCCCCGCCGCAGCCUAGCUCCCUCUAUCCGUUCCCAGCCGCGGAGCUCCUGUGCGCGCGAGUUCCUUUGGUGGACGCGCGCUGGCCGUGAUCCACCUCACCCCAUCGCGGCGCUCCAGCUCGCUGCGCGCCCUGCUCCACUAUGUCGAUCCGCCUAUCUCCCUGAGCUCACCCCUGUGCUCGGAUUUUCCGUCUCGUCCAUGGUGCUCUCCUCAGCCGCAACUUGCCGAGUUCCGCCUUUCUCCGCUCUCCCUGCUCGCCUAGGUUGGAUGGGGAUCCACCUGGUGGCGUUUGUGGCAGCGGGGGCUUCCUGCAGGCGUUUCAUGUGUCGGCGCUGCUGGUUGGAACCGUUGCUCGUCGAUCCAGUGAGUCGUCGUCGAUGGAUAUCCCCUGCGUGUUUACCCGAAAAUCACCGCGUGCGUUGGUCGCCCUAUGUGCUCGACCUUGUCUUGUCGCAGAACCCCAACGUCGUCGAUAUCCAGCUCGCCAAAUGUUCGAUGGAACGUCUAAUCUGAUAAUUGUAGCCGAUUGUGGGGAUUUUCAAGUUUAUUUGGAAGCGGUAAGGACUCGUCGUUUAUAUUCUAUUUAUUUUACCUCCGAAGUAAUUAUGGUGUGUGUCGAUAGUUAUUUAUUUGGAAAAGCGAUGCCUUGUCAUAGUAGUAGUGAAAUGGAAAUGUGCCCUUGAGCAAUUUCUAUAAGUAUUUUGGUGAUUAAAUGCCCAACACAUGUUAAUUGAGUCCUCAUGUGCUAAAUGUGUGAAAAGUGAAAAUCAAGGUACAAGGUAUGUUUCUAGACUUAGUACAUUGUUUUUUAGUACUAACAUGUUUAUCUAAGUGACUAGAAACAAUGUCGAGAAGAGAAGAAACGAAUUGGAAAAGAGUUGGCUGCGUACAGCCAACACCUACUUGGGCCUAGCACACUGGACUGUCCGGUGGCGCACCGGACAGUGUCUGGUGCGCUAGGCUGGUCGAUGGUGAACCGGUUGCUCUCGGGAAACGGAAAAGGCGAUGUAGCUAUAAUCACCGGACUAUCCGGUGUGCACCGGACAAUGUCCGGUGCGCCAACCAGCCCCGAGGAGCAACGGUCGGAUGCGCCCGAUAUGGAAGGAGAUUGCGCACUGGACCUGAACAGUAGUUGUUCGGUGGUGCACCGGACUGUCCGGUGCACCACUCGACAGAAGGAAGGAAUUGCCUUCCAAGUUGGUCUCCAACGGCUCCUAGCUACCUUAGGGCUAUAAAAGAGACCCCCUAGGCGCAUGGAGGAGAAGACCAAGCAUUCUCUAAGCAUACUAAGGCAUCCAGACUCCGCUCCCACGCAUUUGCUUCGUUGUGUUAGUGAUUUGAGCUCCAUUCGAGUUGUGAACUCCCUGUGUUGUUCUUUGAGCUCAAGUCUUCACUUGUGUGCGUGGUUGUGCUGCGUAUUUGAGUCUUGUGUGUGUUGCUCUCCUCCCUUACUUCUGUGUUUCUUUUGUGAUCAUCAUUGUAAGGGCGAGAGGCUCCAAAUUGUGAAGAUUCCUCGCAAACGGGAGAAAGCCUAU